AUGGAACCCUCGCGAGAGGAGCGGCAGCAAAUGCGGCAGCGUGGAGCUGCGACGCGCAAAGCAAAAGAAGUCAAUUUUGGGUUCUCAUUUGGCAGCCCAGCGCUUGGGUUAUCAGCGCCCACACCAAUUGCGACUGUCCCUAAAGCUCAGAGUCCACCGCGGACACAGCCCGAGCCGAAAACAACACCACGACCGUUAAAGAUAUCGCAACCAGGAUCGCAGGCCCGGGAAAUUGAGCGCACACCAGGAAGUGCGCGCAACAAGCUCCCACAAAGGCCCUCGACAUAUGAAGUACCCUCCUCAGACGAUAGAUCUGAACAAACGCGAAGUAACAAGAGGAGAAAGAUCAGUCCUAUUAAGGGAACGGAAGAUACCCCUUCUCGUCGGAAUCGCAGGCGACCUGAGAAUGGUGAUUCACGCCCCGUUGAUAACAGUGCAGGUAGCACAGAGUCUCAAACAACCAAUACCCAAGAACCUCCAAAUACAGACGCAACUCCUCCGUCAGAAAUAAUCAACGAUGAAUCCUCACAACCUCAUAUCUUACCCAUUCCAGAGACCUCUGUCUCGGUCGAAGAUCAACAGCAGAUAGAAGAUGGGACCAAUGGCGUGGAACCAACAUCAGCCGCCGAAGGGCAACUAGCCCAAAACAUAUCUCCAGUGUCUGGUCCUACAGCGCCUGCACUAGCUGAAGAGCCACAAGCGCCACCCUCAUCACCUGAGGCUCAGCCCGGGGCCAAACAGCCUGAAAGCACAGAGCAACUACGCGACAAACGACAUAAUACCCGGUCACCACCACGUCCUGAUGAAGGAAUCCAAAGAGAUAAGACGAAUCAACAGGCUGCCACAGAGACCGCUUCUCCAGUUGUUCAGACAGAUGAAUCAGCCACAAACCCCUUAUCACCACGUGGUAGCCCCGCCGAGGCUCUUGAAGCUAGCCAUGCGCCGACCACUGAUGAUGAUGUCGGGAUAACUGAGGAUGUUCUACCAUCCAAAGAUGAUGUACCAGAGCAAGAGAACCAGACGUCUCAAGAAAAUUCUACGAAGACAAAACAGCCUCAGGGUCGCCCGCGGCAGGAAUCCACCGCGGACAACACUCCAGAACUGCCUGUUGAGAGCGCUGUACCAGAACCUACAACCGAGGCGCAAGAGGAGCCCGCCGAAGCUCAAGUUGAGGAAGCCCCAAAGACCAAACAACCUCGUGGGAAACCCUCGCUUAACAAGAAGUCCAUUGAAGCUAUCGAGACUGAGAAGAUUUCACCUGAACCUAUGCCAGAUGUCGCGGAGUCCUCUUUGGGGCCACGUCAGGGCCGCAAGCGAACAUCACAAAGAGAUGAACAGCCAGAAAGUGCGAUGGAAUCUACAGUGCCCAUGCCACAACGUGGCAGACCUGGGAAGAAAGCGAAAAAUGCAGUGGAGCCAGAGCCUGCGAUAGCAGACCAGUCAGAACCAGAGAUUGAAUCCGUAGUGCCUAAGCCACAACGUGACAGACCUGGGAAGAAGGCGAAACGGGCAGCCGAAACUGACCCCGAACCCGAGCCUAAGCCUACAGCAGCAGACCAGCCAGAACCAGAGGCAGAAUCUGCGGUACCUAAGGCUCAUGGCAGACCCGGGAAAAAGGCCAAACACGCAGCUGAGCCUGAGCCCGAGCCCGAGACAGAAGGUCAACCAGAACCUGAAGUAGAAUCCGCAGUAUCCAAGCCCCAGCGUGGCAGAUCUGGAAGGAAAGCCAAUCGCACAACGGAGCCCGAGCCCGAACCUGCCACAGAAGACCAGCAAGAACUAGAGGCAGAACCUGCGAUCCCUAAGCCUCGUGGCAGACCCGGGAAACAGGCCAAACACGCACCCGAACCUGAGCCCGAGCCCGAGACAGAAAAUCAACCAGAACCUGAAGUAGAAUCCGCGGUAUCCAAGCCCCAGCGUGGCAGAUCUGGAAAGAAGGCCAAUCGCACAACGGAGCCCGAGCCCGAGCCCGAACCUGCCACAGAAGACCAGCCGGAGCCCGAAGCAGAAUCUGCAGUGCCCAAGUCACAGCGUGGCAGAUCUGGAAGGAAAGCCAAUCGCACAACGGAGCCCGAGCCCGAACCUGCCACAGAAGACCAGCAAGAACCAGAGGCAGAAUCUGCGACCCCUAAGCCUCGUGGUAGGUCUGGAAAGAAGGCCAAUCGCACAACAGAGCCCGAGCCCGAGCCCGAGCCUGUCCCGGAAGACCAGCCGGAGCCCGAAGCAGAAUCUGCAGUGCCCAAGUCACAGCGCAGCAGACCUGGGAAGAAGACUAAACGCCCAGUGGAGCCCGAGCCUGAAGCCGAGACAGAAUACCAACCCGAGCCCGAGCCUACGCAAGAACAGCCCCGUCGCAAAACACGAGAGCCUCGCGGAGAAACAGUCCCGGUCACUGUUUACCGUCUCGUGAAUGUCAAUUCUCUAAAUGGCACCGCAUCUACAGCCGACGGGUCUGGAGAUGAAGAAGAAUCCGCCGAUGAACUCACCACGCACCAAAUAUCCAAGAUACCCAGCCGCGGCGGUGUCAAUCCGGCCGACGUAUUGAGCCAGAUCUGUCGCGAGACUCUGGAGAAGACACUCAACACACUCAAGGAUGGGAUUUCGAACGAGGCGAAUACUACGCGACGCGCAGAGUGGUCACGCAAGACAAAAGCCGUUGAACAAUUUGGCUCUGAGCUUGAGAGUCGUCUCAUGGACCUAAGUGGGAUACUCGAUAGCAAUUUCGUGCUUGGCGUGCAAUUAAAGAAGACUAAGCGGGAGAUGAUGGAUCUACGGAAUCAUCUAUACCGUGUCCGCCGAGAACGUGAGAACAUAGCUUUGCAGAUGGAUGGAGUACGCAGCAGACAUAUUGAAGAGGAGAAGGCUAAAUUGUCCCGAUCCACGAUCAGCAAUUCGCUUCACAGCCUUGAACUCGCCCUCGACCGCAAUAAGCAACGUUCUGCCCCUGCUGCAGAUUCUUCUCCAGAUCUUGAAUACAUGCUUCGCACUGUUGCCGAAGUGAGUUCCCGUGCCCCUGGAGCACAAGGUGGUCUCUUGAACCAAAUCCGGGCGUUCAACGCGCAGCUCGAAGAUACUGUUAGUCGCCUGGAGCGAUGA